AUGGCUUGUGUGUUCUCUGCCUCGCACAGGACGUCCUCCCUGCGAUGGAACACCGGCACCAAGGAGCGCAUGCUGAUCAAGGUGACGGACCGCGAGCCGAGCUUCCUCAUGCACCAGGGCAACGGCUACACCACCGACAACCAGCAGGGGACCCGCUCACGGAGGCCGUCAGGGGGCCAGCAGUCCCCGAACCUGCAGACGUUUGCCCCUGACGCUGACAACUCCGUCUUCUUCCCUGAGAGGAAGCAGUCUCCCUUCUUGAAAAGGGCUGACCACGUGGGCAGCUGCUCCCCGCUGCUCGGUCGGGGGGAUUCAUUCUGCUCCCCGCUCCAGUCCCAGCACCGGAAGCACUCGAGUGAGUCCCAGCCAUCUUCUCCUCGCUACGCCUACGAGCCCCCCUUGUACGAGGAGCCCCCCAUGGAGUACCAGGCCCCCAUCUAUGACGAGCCCCCGGUGGACAUGCAGUAUGAAGCCAGCGGCAACUACAAGGCAGGCUCCCCGCAGAAAUCGCCCGUCCGCAAACCCCACCCGUUCUUGCAGUCGCCCAAGCAAGGCCCCAACUCCCCCUACCAGCAGCUGGUGCUGACCAAACAGAAAUGCCCUGAGCGGUUCAUGAGUCUGGAGUACAGCCCUGCAGGCAAGGAGUAUGUAAGACAGCUGGUUUACGUGGAGCAGUCCGGUUCCAGCCCCAAGCUGAAAACGGGCCUGCGACACAAAUACUCCCCCAACCCCAUAGGUGGCUCGUACUCACUGCAACACAGCCCCUGCCUGGUGAGGGACCAGCGCCUGGAGAUCAAGUCUGGGGACUACAGCAGCAUGGAAGGGGCUGACUUCCGACACAGCCAGCUCGUGAGCCAGGCCUCCCAGGGGGAAGACUCCAUGUCAUGGUCCAGUCAGCAGGACACCAUGUCUUCUACAGGGUACUCACCUAGCACCAGGAAAAGGAAAAGCAGGAAGCCCUCCCUGUCCCACGACCCCAACACCUCCUCGACGGAUGGCUCGGGGGAUCGGGAGGUGCUCAACGAGCAGCUGAUGGCAGAGGAGAGGCCCAUGCCCGGCACUUACAGGCCCCAGAUGAACCGCACAGAGAGCAAAUCCAUUGAGGCUGAGGCAGUGCGGGGCUUCCCGGAGCCCUUCCUGGCCCAGGCCCGGCUGGCAUGGGAGGCGCAGCAGGCUCACUACCACAUGAAGCAGCGGAGCAGCUGGGAUUCCCAGAAGGACGGCUCAGGCUAUGAGAGCGAUGGCGCCUUGCCUUUACCUAUGCCCGGCCCCGUGGUGCGGGCCUUCAGCGAGGAUGAGGCCCUGGCCCAGCAGGAGAGCAAGCACUGGAAGAGGAAUACCUUUGAGAAGUUGGGGUUCCCUCAGAUCCUGCUGGAGAAGAGUGUGUCUGUGCAGACCAACCUGGCUUCUCCAGAGCCCUACCUGCAUCCAUCUCAG